AUGGCAUACUGGCAAGAGCAAGAAGCCAAGGCUCGCACAGAUCUCGCGAGUCGAGCCCUAGCAUGGCUGCAACUAGGAUCUCGGGCCUCAGACUCUACACCCAGGUGGGAGAAGGGAACUUGCGAGUGGAUUUUUCAGCACCCGGCCUUCGAAACCUGGUCUGCGGAGAAUUACAGGAGACCGCUGUGGAUAUCGGGGAUACCAGGUUGUGGGAAAUCAGUCAUGGCACGAUUCCUGGCUGCAAACGCCACUACUAAUAUUACUCUCACCCAUUUCUUUCAAAGCUCAGUGGAUUUAAGCUCAUCGCGAGCGACUGCUCUUGUCAUCUCCAUGCUUUCCCAGAUCUUGGAAAGCGAUAUUACACGCUCACAACCGGAUCUCAAACCAGCCCUUACCAGCAUCGUCCCAUUGUUUGACCAUUUCAGAUGCGGACAGGACUGUCCAUUCUUGCGAUUAUGGCCAGUAUUGGAAACAGUCCUUUCCAACAUGCCAGAUUACACUUUAAUAGUUGACGCACUGGAUGAGUGCAACGAUCCAGAAAACAACGAUCCUCUGAUCCAGCGCUUACUCCUUUUGGGGUCAAUGGCCAAUUCUCGCAUCAUAUUCCUCUCCCGCUUCCACGCGAGGUUUGAGGGACCGCUCAGAGUCUCUGUGAAUCUGGCUAUGGACUCGUCGACAGUGGGUGCAGACAUCAUACAGUUUGUCCGACAAGAGAUAUCCCGAGAUGCCCGACUUCAGCCGCUUCAGUCCCAGAUCCUUGCAAAAGUUGAAGACUCGAGUCAAGGAAUGUUCCUGUGGGCAAAACUUAUGCUUGACGAUUUGAGCCGUGCGCCGAGCAACAACGUCCAGGCCCGUCGUCUUGCAGGCUUUCCCAGAGGUUUAGACAGUGUCUAUACCGAGUAUCUGCGCGAGGGAACCGAGACACUGCGCCCCGAAGAGCUCGCUUUACGACGUGAGAUUUUUAUUAUCCUGGUCGGAGCUGUGCGUCCACUCACGGUGGAUGAAGUAUCGUGUGCAAUUGCUUUGAAGCCAUCUUGCCAACUUGAUGAGAAUGAUCUGCUCUUAGACCCGAAGCACGAAAUUCUGCGACUGUGCUGGCCAUUAGCAAUGGUCACCGGAGAUUUUGUGCAACUGAUACAUAUGUCUGUCAAAGAAUUCCUCCUGUGGCCAUCAGAAGAGGCGACAGAGAUGCAAGGAAGGCUUAACCUGACAACCGGGGAAUCAAACAUUUACCUUGCUCGAAAAUGCCUCAGUAAGCUGAGUCAAGAGACCUGUGGAUCGCUUCACCGAAUCGGAGCCAUGAUCCAGAAAAACGCGUUCUCAAGCACAGCGGCGGCAGCACUCGAAAACUUCGAGUGUUACAAGAAUAGUGUAUUUUAUGAAUACGCCUCCUUGGGUUGGCAUCAUCAUCUGACAUCAGUCCCCAACCCCAAGAUCGCCGAUUUGGUUCAAUUGCGAGACUUUCUGCAGGAUAACUAUUUCGUGUACUGGGCGGAAGCGCUAUACGAGUGGAAGUCUCAGGACGACAUGGGCCCAGCAUUGGAGGUGAGAGCCUCGAUUCAGUCUUGGCUUGCUCUACUUCCAUCAAAGCUCAGAGAAUUGGCGCCAGUGGAUUCAUAUUUCAUUGCAGCCUAUGAGUCUGUUCGUCAGCAAUAUGACGUUGCUGAUGAGUAUGAUAAGAGUCUCCCGUUCUUAUGCCUCUUCCGUUUGGGAGAAUAUGCGAACCUUGGUGACACGCCAGAGAAGUCAUACAUGUUUUAUCGGCUAUUGGCCCGAGGCCUCAAGGAUACUUUUGGUGCUGAGAACCCUCUGACAAUGAAAGCCACCUAUCAUCUAGCAAGAGAGCUCCUCUCACAAGGCAACAUGCUAGAAGGGGAACGUUUGCUUUCUACAAACGGAGAGAUGCAAGAUCAAGUCUUGGGUCCGGACCAUCCGGAUCACGUCAUGAGCCUAGAAUACAUCAGCUAUGCCCAGUGGCAAAUCAACAGAUAUGAAGAAUCCGCACGAGGCCAAGCGAAGGCACAAGCGGGGCUGCAACGCCUAUGGGGUCCCUUGAAAAAAGAGGUCCUGAAGAGCAAACUAUUUCUGGGAUACGCUCUACAAGCCCAACGAAAGCUUGAGGAAGCGUUGGAUAUUUUUGAUGACAUAUGGAAGAUUUGGCUGCCGGUAAUGGGACCGGACAACCCCCUUUCUCUAAUGGCGCAGUGCUCCAUGGGUGCCAUCUAUCGAAAACGAAGAAUGUACCAAAGAGCGAAGCAGCACCUGACUGCAAACUUCGCGGCCCGACAGCGCGUGUUUUCGCUCAAACUUGCCGUGACAAUUGACUCCGGCCUCCAGCUGGCACUUCUGUACCGGGAGACUCGGUGUCUAGAAGAGGCCAAAGGGCUAUUAGACCUCAUUUCUUCCUCAGGGACCAUAGACCAAUGGUUCGAGCGUGUGUGUCAGGUGUCACACAUACAAGCUUUACUGUGCAUGGACCGGGGGAACGCUGAAGGUGCCGUGGAAACACUCAGAGCUAUCCUCAUCGCCGCGAGCGCUAAAGGCCGUGAGGCGAACAAUCGCGAACUCCUCUGGGUGCGGCUCACCUUGGCGGAUCUUUUGCGUUUGCAAAACUGCUACGACGAAGCCUUGCUGCUUUUUUCGAACCUUGUUAGGCAUCAGGAGGUGGAGGCUAGCGACUCACGGCCCUUGAAGAAGGCGGACUCCGAGUCUCGACCACAAUUGGAAAUAGCAGAGCGGGCGCUGAGGUUGAUUAGAGAUGCGGAUACCCAGGCGGCUGAGAACCUUUUGGAGAAGAAUGAGUUAGAAUGGGUACGGCCACAAGAUUUCUGGAUUAUAUUUGGCGGCGAAAUCACAGACACCGCAUGGAUCAAUGACCCGGUAAUGGAGACUGCUUAG